UUUACUAGGCAUCACCACAAAUAUGGUGAAUGACAAGAAGCAAGUCAGAGUCUGGUGUGAUGGGUGUUACGACAUCAUGCACUUUGGUCAUGCUAACCAGCUGCGACAAGCUAAAGCUAUGGGGGAUUACCUCAUUGUCGGAGUGCACACUGAUGAAGAAGUCCGCCGAAAUAAAGGUCCUCCAGUGUUAACAGAGCAGGAAAGGUACAAAAUGGUGAGGAGUGUUAAGUGGGUAGAUGAAGUGGUGGAAGGAUCACCCUAUACUACAGAACUUGAGACAAUGGAGAAGUAUGGAGCAGAGUUCUGUGUCCAUGGGGAUGAUAUCACACUCAGCGCUGAUGGUACUGACACUUAUCAGAUCGUGAAAGAUGCUGGCAAAUAUAAAGAGUGUAAACGAACCCAGGGGGUGAGCACUACUGAUCUGGUAGGGAGAAUGUUGUUGAUGACAAGAGCUAACAACCUGUCUCAGUCUUCUGAUACUGGCCUUCCUUCACAGGACGAGUUUGUCAGCCCUUACACGAAAGCGUGUAAUCUGCUACAAACCAACAGUAAGAUAACACAGUUCAGUAGUCCUAGCAACGAGCCUAAACCUGGAGAUAAGAUAGUCUACACAGCCGGAGCAUUCGACUUGCUUCACCCUGGACUUGUAGAUUUCCUAGAGGCAGCUAAAAAGGAGGGAUCUUAUCUGAUUGUGGGACUGUAUGAGGACGAUGUUGUUAACGAGUACAAGGGCUCCCAGUACCCCGUACAGAUAUUACAGGAGAGGGUUCUCUCUGUCCUAGCUAACAGACACGUGAAUGAAGUGCUAAUUGGAGCACCGUACCCGCUGACGGAAGAAGUUCUGGAUCACUUCAAGAUAGAUGUGGUGGUUCAGGGUAUGGUACAUGAGGGAGACCAUGACUCUGACCACUACGCUGUAGCUCGACAGAGGGGCAUCUUCAAGGAGAUUGAUAGCGGAAACUGCCUUAAAACCGAGGACUUGGUGAUGAGAAUUAUCCGAAACAGAAAACUAUUCAUGGACAGAAAUAGACAGAAACAGAUAAAAGAGCUAAACAACAUCAAUAGAAUGGCGGAAAAAGAAAAGGAAGAAAAAGAAGAACAUGAUGACGGUGAAAGGGCUGGGAGCUCGGGAAGCGCUGUGAGCAGUUAAUUGUUAACACUGUUAAUUGCUAAUUGUUAACACUGUUGUUAAAUAUGUUGUGAUUUUUAGUGAUCGAAAUAUUAAUGGUAAAUUAGUUUAGCGUUCGAGUCAAAUUUUUGAUCUUGUUAUUUGCCAGAUACAAUAUAGCCAAGGAAAAUGUUGUAAUGAAACUUGAAAGCCAAGCGAACUAAUUCAGGGAUCGGCUGGGUCGGUCCCCCUUAUGAUUUUGCUGUAAACUAUAUCAUGUAUGUUAACAAUAUGCGCACUGCCAUCGCAAUUAUUCUGAAGCUUUUUUCAUGUUUACAGGCAUUUCACUUCAAAACGAGCUUGUAAAAACAUAUCAAAUAUAAUUUCAUGCUUUGCUCAGAUGCAUACAUCAUCUUUUGUAAUAUUCUGUACAUGUACACGUUAUAUUCAUUUCUUUCUCACAUGCCUGUAUACGUUUGCUUUUUAUAAACUUAUUUUGUCGACUUUUCAACUUUAAGCGUUGUCGAUCUUUCUCUUUUCUAUCUUUAUGAAAUGUGAAUUUAAAUAUAUAUAAACCGUAAACUGUCUGAUUGUUUGGAAAUUAAAUUAUGAAUUGGGUACCAUAAAAAUUACGGUCUAGACAUGAUUUGUAUUUAAUGAAAGUUUACAUGCGAGGAUAUUAAAAUUUAAAUGUGAUUUAAGUUAUGUUACAAUAAAUAGCAUGAUCCUAGUGAUCUACUAGAGUGGGAAUUUUUUAAUACAACUGUUAAUUCUUGUAAAUAAAUACACCGGAUUUGAUUGAUAAUUGUAUUUUGUAGUUAACUGUUGUACUCUUGAUUUAAAUAAUUAUGAUAAUGUUUACUGAUACAAUGUUGUUUAGUUAAUGCGGUCGUUAUCGUAUAAUUAGUUUGUCGUGUGAAUUUGAUGAUCGAAUGUGUGAUUCAAGAUAUGGUUCCUUUAUUUACAAUAUUAUUGAAUUGGCUGCAAUUGAUUUGGUUUUUUUGAAUAAUAAAUCGUU